AAAGAAAAGAAAAAAAGUUAUGAAUAAUUCUUUCUGUACGAAGUUCCAGCCCACCAUCCGGUGGGUGGCAGUGCUGUAGCUCUAAUGAGCAAGUAGAAAGCCUCGCUAUGCUGCUUUGCAUGAGUCACAGAAGCUCCAAGACUACGGGGAGGAAAACAGCGGUAACGCCGGAGUGGCUAGUCUGGAAGAAGUAGGGAGGUAAUCACCCUAGCCACCAAAUGUCGUCAUUGCCUCAGGCUAUCCGAAAACUCUCGAGAAAUGAAUCCAUGCAGAGGACAAAGUGACGGUUGUUUUAGACUACAGAUAAAAUGAGUGAAGAACAUACAAAGAUGGAAAUGGACCUGGCUUUUGGUUCAGCUAAGCCCUGUGGAUCAUCCAGGAGCAUAGUGAGGAGAAUUGGGUCCACCCUUCCUCUUGCCCCGUGCCCAAGGGUCCAUUUUCAGCUUUACCCAUUCUCUGCCAGUGCCAGUGGCCUGGACCCGUUCCCUGUCCAGCAGAACGCCCCAAAUGGCCUGGUGGCCUCCCUAGCUGAUGUGGGGUGGAUUGAUAGAGAAGAAGUGGACUUCCCUGCCCAGCCUAGGUCGCAGGCGGCGUCAGGAUUGGUGUUCCGCAGUCAGCAGCAGCAGCAGGAGCCUCGUCUGCGGCGCCAGCGCUCCCUUCCCAGCAUGCACCAGGCCGAGCCCUCUCCGCAGGCGCCUUCGGCCGUCAACGACGAGGCCAUCCAGAAGAUCAGCGCCCUGGAGAGCGAGCUGGCGCGCCUCCGCGCUCAGAUAGCACAGAUCGUCCAGAAUCAGGAACGCACAGCUGCACCUGCUCCUGCCGCUCCUCCCCCACCUCCUCCUCCCGGUCCUGGCAUGCCUCCUCCUCCACCUCCUCCUCCACCGCCUCCUCCUCCUCCUCCACCUCCUGGUCCGGGGCUGCAGAGGACAUUUUCUGCCAUCGACCUCAUCAAGGAGCGGCGUGGCAAGAAGGCGGAGCAGGAGACGGUUGCCAGGCAACCAGAGGUGCCCAGCAUGCUGGACGUGCUCAAGGACAUGGGCAAGGUCAAACUGCGAUCCGUUAGUCGGCCAGAGGAAGGCCACACUAAGCCAAAGCAGGUGGACCCUACAGACGCGGCGGCCCUGAUCGCCGAGGCGCUCAAGCGCAAGUUUGCCCACCGCUACCGGGAGGACGAGAGCCAGGGGGGAGACGGAGACUUCAGCCUCCCGCUACCCGACCCCAAACCCAAACCCCGACCAGACACACACACACACACACACACCACCAUUCUGAUGAGACCCAAACUCCGCACAGAGGUCCCACUGCCCGCCCCCAAACCGCACACAGACACCCCUCUGUUUGGUCAGCACAUGCUGAAGUCAACGGGGAGGAGGAAGGUGGUGUGAGGGGGACAGGACUCGUGAGGAGGUGACAUAUUAUCAUAUCGCUGCCAGAUGGAGGGAACAUAUCAUGACGUGUGAUAUCGCUGCCUCGGACUCUGCUGGUAGCCCCCCAUAUUUCACAAGACAAGUCUUUAGUCCUGCGCACACUACAGGGAACCAGGUGCCCAACUGCCCAUGGAGGAAACAACACUAUAGGGAACCAGGUGGCCAUGGAGAAACGCCUAGGUUACACUCAACUUGACGUUAGCCGGCGUCAUACGUAUGACAUAGCAGUGUCGUAGUAGUGUCAAAACGGUGUCAUGACAGGCAUGGAGGAGUCAUAAACAUAAUGUCAUUGUUUUAUGGUCAUGAAAACUUAGUGACCGUCAAAAAAUCUUUGACAUAUGCAUGACUGCAUUACGACACUGUUAUGGCAUUGUCAUGUCACAGGUGUGACACCGGCGACAGCGUCAAGUAAAGUGUUACCGAAACAUAUAGGGAACGGCUGGCUGGCCGCUGUGUGGUCGGGCGGGCGGGCGGUAGGUGGUGGGUCAAUACUACGCCUGUCGCCAUGACGGAUAUGUGCAGAGCUGUAUAAAGUAGACAUACUCUUACAAAUGUAAUUACAACAGUAUUGAUAAGAUAUUAUGUGGUUUCAACUUUGAUAUCAUACUACUAGAGUUGUAAUUACAUCUGUAGGAGUACUUGUACUUUAUCCAACUCUGGGUGUGUGUCAAGGUACAUGGUUGAGUGGCUAAGGUAGCUUGGCCCAUAGUGGUGGGUAAUGUUAAAAUAGCAAUAUGUCUUAACUGCCAUUGAGGAACAGCUGUAGAGCUCCCUAGGGGCCUACAGUAAGGCACUGGUUCAGGAGUAAACCAGAAGAGAAGAGGAGAAGACUUUCACUUCCAUCAUCUAACAGAAGAGCCUGGGAUCCUUAAGAAAAUGAGGAGUCCAGGCUCUUCUAUUAGAUGAUUUACCUCUUAGCUUAACCUGGUUUACACCUGGACCAGCUGCUUAGUACAGGCCCCAGGUUCAGAGCUUUUACCCCAAGCUAUGAGUUAACCUCUCCUUCGGUUUUGCCAUUCAACCAUGCACGUGGACUUUAAAGACAGCCCACGUUAGUUAUCCUCUGCACUUUGAAAUAUGAUGCCUGUGCUUUUGCCAAUAGAGUUAUGUAUGUUUUCAUUUUUUUUGUCUGUUUCUUUUAUUUGUUUUAAAUAGAUAUUUAAAGGCACAGUAUUUCUGUACAGAUUCUUUUUGAAAAUCAGAGCCAAGUUUGUAAACUAGAUGAGAAUGAUCUUAUAUGUGUUUUUAAAGGGGUUUUUUUUGUUAACAUGGUGCAUCCUUGAUUAAACUGCACAGACUGUAAUGCGACACAUUACCACACACACACACACACACACACUACCACACGCACACUACCACACGCACGCACACACACACUACCACACCACACACACUACCACACACACGCUCUCUGUCCUCAUCUCAACUGUGUUAUGAGGCUCAGGCCAAAUCCUGACCAACCAGCAGGGGAGUAUUUCAAGAGCACAGUGAAGUGCCAACUAGUGUUGCACCGAUACCAUUUUUUGGCCCCGAUACCUGGCUGUGCAGUAUCGUCCGAUACCGAUACCACCCUAUUUGAAAUGUAUAUAUAUAUGAAGGGCUGUAGUGCAUACUACUUGGAUGUAAAGUCAUUGCAUGGCUUUGUCAGGCUGCUGCCUACCUUUGUGAAACAGGAAAAAGACAAUACAAAGUGAAUCCAGCUAAACUUUUUAUACUUUUUAAAUACCUCUAUGAAAUAACUAAUUUCAAGGCUGUUUAAGUGUCAUACAAGCACCUGUAAAUGAUAUCGGUGCCCUAUUUGUUGGUACUCGCCGAUACCGAUCCCACCAUUCUAGUACCGAUCCACCGAUACUGGUAUCGGUAUCGGUGCAACACUAGUGAUAAACCUGGCUACGCUAACCUACAGGAAGAGGUAAAUCUGCUAAUAUAAAUUGUCCACAUGUGUCAUUUAGCUAAAAAGUACUCCAGGAGUGCUUUACAAUAUGCGACCUUGCCUCCUCCACUUGCGCUCGUCUCCUCGUCCCGCCUCCUGGCCCCUCCUCCGGGGAGAAAAUGAUAAAGUUUCCCAGGUGUCAGCCUAGCCACAACAACUUUUGAGGGACUGUUUUUCAUUCACGAUCCCUAUUGCAAAUGAGAAAAAGACUCUACAAUUGAGCUUUUGCAAGAUAUUGAAAUGUAAUGCUGUUGUCAGUGAUGUCAUCAUGACGAGAAGCAAGUGGAGGAGGCAAGUGGAGGAGGCAAGGUCACAUAUUGCGACGCACUGCAGGCCUCUCUAUUAGAUGAUUUACCCCUACCUCACGGUGGUUUACUACUUCGCCAGGUUCUUAUUAUACUCCUCAUAUGACCCAAACGUGCCUUAAUAUUGUCCACACAUUUAUAUACAGGUUAUGUUGCUAAAACUCUUGUUUUAGUAGGAAAACAAACAGUGGCUGAUUUCAUGUUCUUUUUUUCUUUCUUUUUGUUUCUUGUGACCAAUGUGAUGUUUAAUUUAUAAUUCUGGGAAGCCUAUUUAUGUUGUAGAGUUUUAGGUUCUGUGGUUUAACACUAGAAAUGGCUAACAUCACUUGAAUAAUUAUGUACGAGGUUGAUAUGUGGAACGUCUGCAUGUUGACCAAAAGUUGGAUGUUUUUAGAAACCGUUUCAAGCUUCUUUUAGAUUUAUGUGAUGUACCUCAGCAUGUGACCAAACACAUAAGAAGGGCUAAAACUCAAACUGACUUUCUUUUUUUUUUUUAAAUAGCAUACCAAAAUUCAAUAUUUAGUUCAUUUUAAAUUCAGAUGACCUGUGUUCCUGUUGUCUUGUCCCGUCUGAUCUCCUGUUAAAACCUCCAGUGCCUGCAGCAGAGUAGAGUGGCUACUUAUUACCCAAGUCUUCCCCUUCUGCAGCGCAGCUCUUUUCUUUGGGUCUCCAUGGGAGCCUGUAGAAGGCCUCUGGACUGCAGCGUUAUGUGUGCAGUCUGGCACCAGCUGAGUCUAGAGAAGGGAUUCUCAAAGUGUGGUCCGGGGACCACUGGUGCUCUCAGGUGGUCCACGAGGGGAUGUAUACUUUUCCAAGACAAGCUAGCAGUAGGCUAUAUUUGUAACAUUACAUAGCUAAGCGUAGCUGAAGUCUUAUUUUCACCACAAUAAGACAGGCUUGUAAUGUGAAUAAAAAGUAAGUGAUCUGCAUCGCAAUUAGCAGUGUCUAAUUGGGAUCGCUCGACUAUUAAUUCAGUUGACAGGCGGUCCCUGAAUAUUGUUUUGGCGGACAAAGUGGUCCUUGGUCUGAAGAUGUUUGAGAAUCACUGAUCUAGUUGAGCUGGUCCCGAAGCCAUUCUUACUCAGCAGAAACAUGAUGCCUUAACGGCAGUAGUGACCAAAUGUCGAGUGCUUUCAGCACAACCUAAAGGGAACUCUAUAUGUUUGGUGAUGACAGUAUAUGUGGUGUCUUGAGACUGUUUUUUAAUGUCUGCUCUGCUUGUAAACGGGAGCCAUAAUGAAACACUAAUGGAUGUUGUGUUUGGUCAACCAGCCUGUUCAUAAUGAAACACUAAUGGAUGUUGUGUUUGGUCAACCAGCCUGCUGAGAGGACGGAAGGGAAUGGCAGUGGACAGCUUCAGUCUUGAAAAGAACACUAUGUGAAAUGAGGAAACUUAUUGCUGACACUACAGGGAUUGUUUGACUUCAACUUCACCGUUUAAAAUACUGGAACAUGGACUCCACAAAUAAACAUGCCAACUAUGUGA